AUUUCGAAAGGAUACUUAUAUCCAAUCAAACUAAACUGCUGUUAAAUUGAUAAUUGUCAACUUGUACUGGCCUCAAAUUAUUAAGAGAGCUGUGAUUGAACCGACACAAGUGCAAUACUUGUACCUUCCCAUUGUUCUACUGUCUUCUUAUUCAAAGUCAUCCCAAAAGCAUCUAUCACCAGUUCACCACUGUCGACCAAGGUUUAGAAUUUUAAAUUGCUGGGCUCCUUGGUCUACGUUGUCUUAAUAUCUUGAUAAAAUAAUCUCGGUGGCGACAGCAAAAAUGCCAGAGUCACUUGCUCAUCCAUCCACUUGGACGAGCGACAAACCUGCCCUUCUUUCUCACGAUCGAUACGCGAUCUACAAUGGCUCUCUCCAAACCCCACUAGAAACCGACACUUCAUCAGAGUUCCGUUCGGUAGAUCCAGCAACGGGAAUUGAACAUCCAUGCCGCAUCUUCACCUCCUCUCCAAAAGACGUCGCCGCAGCCGUCUCCUCCGCAGAGGCCGCCUUUCCGGAAUGGAAAUCCACCACGCCUUCCCAUCGAGCAGCCAUCCUCAUGCGCGCAGCAGCGCUCCUCCGCGAGCUCAAUGACGUCCUCGCGGAAGUAGAGACCCGUGACACUGGCCGCGCCUUCUCAGAAACCAGCGCCGUCGACGUCCCUUCAGGCGUGGAGGUCAUGGAGUACUGCGCUUCGUUCGUGGCUGGAGGCGGACUGGAUGGACGCACUGUGAAGCUUCGAGAAGAUGCGUGGGUCUACGAGACGAAGGACCCGAUCGGCGUGUGUGCUGGCAUCGGAGCUUGGAACUAUCCGCUGCAGAUUGCGAUUUGGAAAUCCGCGCCGUGCUUGGCGGCGGGGAAUGCUAUGGUUUAUAAGCCUUCGGAGGUGACGUCGUUGCACGCGGCGCUGCUUGCGAGCAUUUAUUCGGCAGCAGGAGUCCCUUCGGGCGUUUUUAAUGUCGUCUAUGGUGCUGGGGCGGUUGGAGCACAGCUGACUUCACACCCUGGGAUUGGGAAGGUCAGCUUCACUGGGCAAGUGGCUACGGGAAGGAAAGUAGCCAAGGCCGCAGGAGAGGGGAUGAAAUACGUGACGGCAGAGCUGGGCGGAAAGAGCCCUUUAAUUAUCUGUGACGAUGUGGACAUUGAAACAGCCGUUGAUGGAGCCAUGAUGGCGAAUUUCUACAGCACCGGGCAAGUCUGCACGAAUGGGACGAGAGUCUACGUGCACAGAAGUAUUGCGAAGAGAUUCGAAGAGAUUCUUCUGCAGAAGAUGGAACAUAUCCGCUUCGGCGAUGUCAUGGACGAGAAAUCGAACAUGGGGCCCUUAGUCAGCAAAGAGCAUUUCGAAAAGGUGAUAGGAUACAUCAAGCAUGGCAUUGAGGUGGAUAAGGCCAAGCUCCUCUACGGUGGCCUCGAGACACCUCAAAUCGACGAUAAGUUCAAGGGGGGCUACUGGGUGAAGCCAACGGUGUUCACCAACUGCACCGACAGCAUGAAAAUCGUCCGCGAGGAGAUCUUCGGCCCGGUCAUGUCCAUCCUCCUCUACGAUACCACAGACGAAGCGAUCCGCAGAGCCAACGACACCGAGCUGGGUCUCGCCGGGGGCGUGUUCACCAAGGACGUCAAUCGCGCUCACAAGAUCGCCGGACAGCUCGAAGCUGGGAUCAUCUGGAUCAACACUUGGGGCGAGUCACCGGCUGAGAUGGCAGUUGGUGGGUGGAAGAUGAGUGGUGUUGGCGUGGAGAACGGUCGGAAAGGGAUCGAGGCGUGGACGAGAGGGAAGAGUACGUUGGUCGAUAUGAGUGGUCAGGUACCGACCGCGUUCUCCAAGCUCUGAUUCUAGAAACGUUAGGGAUGGCCUUCAUUGUCAUUCAGGGGUACGGAGGUAGGGUUCCUAUGUCCGCGACCUGAGCAUCGCGAUAGCCGAUAGGGACUAGUAUCAGCAUUCAGCAAUAAUGAACGAAAGCACAAGCCUUUGACUUUCUGAUAUCAUUCAAACUGAUAUCAUUCAAACUCGGGG